CCCCGCUCCCUGCUCCCUCUCUCGACUCGCCUCUCGCGGCCACUUGCCACGCUGCCCUGCCCUGGCCUUUCGGCUGGUCCUCGCUCGCUCGCUCGCUCCCCCCUUUCCUCCCCGCCCCCGCCUGUCUGCCCGUCGGCACCUCUCGCCGCAUUCGCUGGCCCGGCAUCAGCAUGGCGCCGGUUGCUCCGAUCCCCGCGACAGCCGCCUGGGACACGCGUGUCCUGGCGAUGGAGCUGCUCGACGGGCGGGUGUACUUGCAGUACGCGGACUUCUCCAUCUCCGGCCCGGUGGCCAAGCACCUGGUGACCUUCGACCUGUGCCGGGCCUCGCGACCGGGCACCGAUGUGUCCGUCAUCCGUCAAUCCUUCGAGCAUGGGGUCACGUUCCCCAUGGGCCCGGGGGUGCCGCUCGGGUCGCUGAACUGGCUGGAUCGGGUGGGCGUCCCCGGGGACGCCCUCCUGGUGGCGGACAAUUGCGCCCUCCUGGUGGACGGGAGCACCGUGAAGGUGUUCCCGUUCGAGGCGCGGGAGGACGAUCUGCCCCGGCAGGCCGGCGGCCGGGCGCUGGAGGGCCUCCCCUGGACCGGGCUGCAGGUGGGCACCCGGCUGGCCGUCCGGCGUAACGUGGUGUUCCUGGAGCCGGCCCACCAGGCCAUCGGCUUUUUGAUGGAGGGCAACUUGCACUUCUUCCCGCAUGUGCCGCCGCCCUUCCCGGCGGGGGCGCCCCUCCAGCGGGCGCUCUUCCGCGGGACCGGCAGCCAGCUCCAUGUGCGCCUGGACGCGCUGGAGGUGAGCGUGGAGUUCCUGUCGGUGGGCCGGGACUCGACCCGCGUCGAGGCGGUGUCCAAGGUGAGCGUGCAGCAGUGUCUGCUGUGCCUGGGCCUGGGCGCGGCCACCAGCCGGGCCAUCGGGGACCUGGUGUCGACCGGCCGGCCGCACAGCCAGCAGGACUUCCGCAGCUUGGAGCAUUGCGGCCAGGCGUGCUUCGACGUGUGGGCCACCUUGGCGGAUGGGUUUUUCGUGCACUGCAACCGCGUGCUGGCCAUCGUCCAGGGGCGCCUGCUGCUGGUGGAGCUGCCCGGGGAGGCCGUCGAGCCGGUUCCCCUGGCGGAGGUGGUCCUGCUGGAGGGCCUGUCGGCCAAGGCGCGCCUGGAGCGGACCACCACCCGCGGGCAGGCCCUGCUGGUGGACCCGGCCACGGAGCGUGCCUACUCCAUCGACGUGGGGACGCACAUCCGGUGGCCGUCUGCCCGGCCGAGGCCAGCCCUCCCGGCGUACGUCGAUUCGACCAUCGCCCGGUCGCUGUACACCGGGGAGCAUGUCGUCAUGGUGGAUGAGACCGGGCGCCGGGUCAUUCUGAGGGGCUUCGACCAGGACACCACCCGGCGGUACUACGAGCAGCCGGUGUACCUGUCACCGAUGCCCAACGCGUCCGCGGACUUUUGCCUGCGGCCCAUCGGCCGGCAGUCGCGGGACACGUCCGAGGGUCCCGGGUAUGGGUCCCUGCUGGACAUGCGCCAAAUGCUCUUCCGCCAUGGGAUGGCCUUCUCGCUGCACGGGACGCUGCUGGUGUGCCACAAGUACACCUUCGGCGAGCAGGACGCCCGGCUGGCGGCAUUCGCAUUCGCCCUGGACCUGGGCCCCCUGCCGGGGACUCUGAGCCUGGCCGAGGAGGGGGCCUUCGCGCACCUGCUGGUGGUGCUGGACGGGAUGUGGUGCCUGCGGGUGUAUCCCACCGAGCAGCACGUGUCUCACAGGCUGAUGCCCUACCUGCCGGGGGUAUGGAGCCAGUCCCGGCGAGCCCUCCCGGCGUCCGGCGGCUUUGCCACCUUCACGGGCCGGUUUUUCGCCGGCAUCACACCGUCGUGGGAUCUGGAGGUGAUUUACGGCACGGGCGUCGAGCCGUGGUCACAAACGCUGGACAGCGUGUCGGACUACGUCAAGGACGAGAUGGAGUAUCUGGAUCGGGUGUUCCCCCAGCUUGGGUGCCUGAACGUCCUGGCCCUGGUCAAGGGGACGGAGGUGUACAUGCUGCGCGCGCGGCACCCGGUCCAGAUCACCGGCGUCCUGGAAAGUUCCGAUGGCCACGAUGUGAUCGGCGUCUUCCGGGAUCGGCCGUCCUGGCCGACGGUGGCCCUUUUGACGAGGAAGACGCUGGACAUCUACCGGAAGUGGGAGAAGGACUCGUCGGUGAGCUUCGACACGCGGGAGUGCCUGGGCGCCUGGCAGCUGACCGACGGGUCGCUGGUGCUGCAGCUUGACGAUGGGUACCUGGACCAGGUGCAGAUGUCGCCCUUCCGGCAUCGGAGCCGGGUCGUCGCCUGGCGAGGAGCAAAGUCCAAGCCCAUCUGGGUGUGCCCCUGGUCGAGCCUGAGCUGGGUGUCCUACGAGUCGCCCGGGUGCUUUGUCUUCCAUGCGGUGGCAUUCACCGGUCCGGGGGCGCAGUGCGUGAAGCGGUCCUUCAAGCUGGACGUGUGGGAGUAUUACCCAAAGUCGACGACCUUCGGCGUGUCGUUCCUGCUGCACGAUCGGACCCUCUAUUGUGCCAUCAUGUAUGGCGGGCGGAUUUUCCUCCUGACGGAGGACAUGAUUGCCGAGGCCUUUGUGGACUCCAUGCGCGGCGAUCUCCCCCGGCACGUUGCCUGCCACACGACGACCACCAUGUCACGCAGCCAGUUUUCCAUGCUCGGCGUCCUGCCGCAGAUGGAUGGCCCCACCCCGGAGGUGGUGUUUGCCAUGGAGCGCCAGCGCCUGCAGUGCCUCAGCGUGGAUGUCCUGCCCUUCUCGAUGGAGGAUGACGCCCGGCUGGAGGUCCUGCUGAGGAUGGACUCCCCGUGAGCCCCGGGGCCUGGCCCCCUUUCUCCCCGACGCCGGGCCCGAGGCGCCGGGGCUCGGGGGGGGGGGGGG